AUGGCUGAUAUUCUUCUCGCUUUCAAAGCCGGCAGGGCUUUCAGAAGAGAAGGAACAAAUAUGGUCGACUCGGUCGCUGGAAAGGGAGCUAUUAUGAUCACCAAUGGAGAGGAUGGACUGUUGCAUUUCAUUUGGAAAAACAGAGUCACUAAUGAUGUCGAAGAAGACCUCAUUCUCUUCCCUUCGGAUGCAAGCUUCGUUAAAGCAUCCGGACGCACAUAUGUAUUGAAGUUCUCCUCGUCGAAUCAGAGGCACUUUUUCUGGAUGCAGGAUGCUUCUUCAGACAGAGACGACGAGUUCGUGCACAAUGUGAAUGGCCUUUUGGAGGAUCCAGAAUUCGUCCCAACGUGGGGAUCAACGUCAACAUCGUCUCAAGGUGCCUCUUCAUCUUCUGCAGCCUCGCAGUUCCAGGCAACGCCGGAACAACUGGAGCAAUUACAGUCGAUACUUGCAUCAAUGACGGGAGGGGUAGGUGAUGCUCAAUCUCGCGUCCCGGAGAUGUCUCUCUCUGACAUCCUUACGCCUGAGACCAUCACCCCGUUAUUCACCACUCAUCCUUCGCUCAUACCGGCACUUUUCCCUCACCUGCCGCCUGAUCUUCCAACGCCUCCUACGCCAGAAGCCGUGCAACGCGUGAUUACCUCGCCACAAUUCCGAGCUGCUGUUUCGAACUUCGAUCAAGCAUUGAGAACGGGUCUUUUGGGUGGGCUUGUAAGAGGACUUGGGUUACCGGAGGAAGCAGGUACAGGAAUCGGCCCUUUUUUGCGAGCUGUGCAAGAACAGGCGGAUAACGAGGAGCUAGCAGGAGCGGACCAGAUGGAUACAGAUUAAAGUAUAUGCAUACUGCAUAUUUUAUAAAUUCUCUUCACGCAGCGUCAGUAUGACCGAACGCGAGAUAAGUGCACAGAUGGUAAGCUACUCUUUGUCACCAUACGCAUUUUUCACUGCCUGAUGAUUUCCGUUCUCGUUCCGAAUGUAUCAUUAUUCCUUUGGGCGGAAAGGGCGGCCCGACGAGACCGCCCUUUCAACGCAUACCUAUAUGUUGAUGCGGAGCAGGGUUCAUGAAGAACUCUAUGGCAAACCUUAAAACG